CUACCCGAUAUUUUUAUUUUCCAAAACAUUCCCACGAAUUCUGGUGAUUUGUUCUUUUCCUCCGUUGUUUUGACGCCACAAGAGUUUUUUUCUGCUCACAGAGGUAAAAGACACACCAGGGAACGCGAAGGACCACAGGACAGCCGACCAUGUCGUCGGAUCGUGUCAUCAACAGCCUGAGAUUCAACCAAGACCAUGGCUGUUUCACCUGCGCCAUGGAUGAUGGGUUCAGGCUGUACAAUGUGGAACCACUCGUGGAGAAACUCAGUCUGGCCCAUACCGAGGUUGGGAGUGUUUCCCAGGUAGAGAUGCUGCACAGGUGUAAUGUCGUGGCUGUUGUCGGGGGAGGGAACAAACCAAAGUUUGCUGAAAAUACUGUACUGAUCUGGGAUGACAAACAGAAGAAGUUUGUGAUCGAGCUGACGUUCACCCAGCCUGUCACUGCUGUCAGACUCAGGAGGAACAAGAUUAUAGUAGCUGUCCGCAGCAGGAUUUUUGUGUUCCGUUACCCAGACAACACCAGUAAACUGUUUGAGUUUGACACCAGGGACAAUCCCAGAGGUCUAGUGGAAGUCUCCCCCAGUACAGACCACCAGAUCAUGGUGUUUCCUGCACACAAGUGUGGCAGUCUGCAGAUUGUGGAUAUUGCCACCACAGAUGAGAACAUCUCCAGCUCCCCUGUGACCUUGACAGCGCACCAGUCAGAGAUCGCCUGCAUAGCUGUCAAUCAGCAGGGCACCAAACUGGCCUCCGCCUCCAGGAAGGGUACCUUGAUCCGUAUCUGGGAUGCCCAGACUAAAAAGAUGUUACAUGAGUUAAGAAGAGGUUCUGACCCAGCCACACUGUACUGUAUCACGUUCAGCCAUGAUAGUUCCUACCUGUGUGCAUCCAGCGACAAGGGAACCAUCCACAUCUUUGCUAUCAAGGACACAUCACUCAACAAGAGAUCAACCCUGCGUAAGGUUGGGUUCCUGGGCCAGUAUGUGGAGUCCCAGUGGGGCCUGGCUAACUUCACAGUGCCACCGGAGUGUGCCUGUAUCUGUGCAUUCGGACCCAACUCUUCAGUCAUAGCUAUCUGUGUGGAUGGCACCUUCCACAAGUAUGUCUUCACACCUGAGGGGAACUGCAACAGGGAGGCUUAUGAUGUCUUCUUGGAUGUGGGGGAUGACACACACUUUUAGACACCAAUAGUUACUAAGUAUUACAGUGCUCGAAAUACCCACUUGCAAACGCAGCCACAUUUUGCUUGGUGCGACUCCAUCUUAAAGUUAACCCAAGUAGUGCAGUGCGCAACCUGCAAUUUUGCAGUUGGAACACCACUUUCCCCCACCCACGUGCAUAAGCUUUCAUAUUUAUUUCUGCAAGGACUUUUUUGAUAAGAUAAAAUAUACAUGUAAGUAGCUACAUGUAACUGGAAGAAAAGAUGAUGAAUAAGUACACAUGUAGCUGAUUUGAAGAAAGUAAUAACUUGAAAAUGGAGCAACCUGAAAUGUUGAUGGUGCAACCAGGCUUUUGACUCAGGUUGCCACCUGAGCAACCUGGCUGAAAAAGUAUUUUGAGCACUGUUAUUAAUAUUAUCCAGUAUUUUAUUAUACUGCUGCUAUGUCCCUGACAUAGGGGUGGGCAGCAGGCAGCAGUCAGCUUGUAUUCACACCAAUAUAUAGCUAAAGGGUAAAGGUUGCAAUCUGGAAGAAUUGCCGAUUCCCUUGGUAGAGAUCCCAGUUGAAGCUUCUGUCAGCAGAACUUCUAUCUAGAUGCUAGGAUUUAUAAACCCCAAGUUUCAAGUCAAUUCAUUGAUUCAAAGUGAUUAGCUGAAAAGCUUUUGAGGGAGUACUCUGACUGGGAUUUUUCUUGGGAAAAUCAUAAAUGACUCUUACAGAUUACAAUAUCUAUGCUGACAUAUACUUAAGUGUUAAAUCUUGUAUAUAGACAAAGAUGACUGCAAGACCGCUUGCUAACUGUGAAGACUAAAUAUCUUAUCUGAUUCAGUAACUUGAUGAUAUGAUUUUUAACUAACUGUGAGUUUACAUUUGUAUGGCAGUUUUGUGACAGAGCCCACCUACUGCAAUGUGAGAUGACUUUCUGCUGCAAUUUCUUUAAAGAAUGUUA